UGCUGUUCGGGUUCACUGCAGAGACACUUGUGUGAGUGAAGCAUACACGUGGUCUGUAGGAUGGCCCAGACAGACAGCAAGGUGUUGGUUUUGGGAGCGUUAGCCGGAGUGGCCGGCAUCAGCUUGGCUGUGGUGUGUUACCAGGGUUUUAGGUCUCGGCGAAGAAGCUCGUUGCCUGCGUACCGCCUUAACCGCGCUAAUGAGCAAGGAUCUGGCAUUAUGCUGGUGGAUGGUCCUGGUCUACCCAGCGGUCAGGCUGAGGUGCUGGAUCGCCUUGAAGCCCUGAUACAGUGCGUGUCCGAGCUGAAGGACGAAAUGAAGUCGUUGAAGAAUGCUCUGCCAACGCUGCAGGACCAGGUCAGGCAGGAGUUGAGGGGACGUGAAGAGGCGCGUCGAACCGGCUCUCUGCACAGGACCACCCCAACACGAAGGAAAAGGACUGCAGGCACUGUCACUGAGGCCAGAGCUGCGGGCCGCAGCUCAGAGGAAGCAGAGAGCGAGGGGGGGUACAUGACUGCACUGACAGACUCAGAGGAAGAAGAGCCAAGUGAUGCAGAAGAGAGGGAUCAAGAGCAGCCUGCAGACAAGUUUUCUGUCCUCAUUGAGAGGAUCGACCGUUUACAUCAGGGCAGUGAGUCUGAUAAACGGGAAAGUCUCAAUAUCCUUUUGGAAGAAAGAGAAGAGUUUGGACAAAACUCAACAUUUCUUUGGCGGCUUGUCCGAGCUUAUUGUGACAUCCAUGACAUCAGCUCCACUGUGGAGGAGAAGAAGACCCAUGCAGAAACUGGAAAGAAAGUUGGCGAGGAGGCAGUGAGCAUAAAUCCGACAUGUGCUGAGAGUCAUCAGUGGUAUGCCAUCAUGUGUGGAAUUAUGGCAGAGUAUGACACCAUCCAAAACAAGAUCAAGAACGGAUAUGUCUUUAAGGAUCAUCUGGAUAAAGCCAUUGAGCUGAAGCCGCAGGACCCCCUGUCCUACUACCUCCUGGGCCGCUGGUGCUAUGCUGUGUCUCAGUUAUCAUGGAUUGAGAGGAAAGUGGCUUCAACUCUGUUUGGAGAACCACCAGUCGCAACAGUUGAAGACGCACUGAAGAAUUUUCUUAAGGUCGAGGAGCUCCAUCCAGCUUAUUCUAAACUCAACUAUGUGUUUCUAGCUAAGUGCUACAAAGACCUGGGCCAGUGGGAAAAUGCUAAGAAGAUGUGUGAAGCUGCUUGUUCAAUGAGCGCUGAAUCCAAAGAGGAUGAAGAAGCACAAAAGGAGCUGAGUUUACUGUGCCCAGCACUUGGAGUGUGACGACAUUUUUAGGAAUUAUUUUGCGAGCACUGAAUCUGUGUGUGAAAGGACAUCAUGUUAAUUCACUCUGUGAGUGUAGGGAAGCAGAAUGCCACCACAUCAGGAUCAUCUGUUUUACUUUUCAGUCAUAUGUGAAUGACAAUUUUUAAUAGUGGAGAAAAAAAAAGAUGUGAGCUAAACCAGUUUUCUUCAGUUUACAGCAGUGUGUAGCAGGCAUUCUCCGAGCUCUGAUAGGGAACCUAAUUCCAGCAUGUCUCAGGUUUCCUUGAUAACAAAGACCUGUUGCUUUUUGGGAAAGUGACCCACAGGACUUGUUGUUCCGUCCUGUCACAUCAGACAGUGGCGCACCCAAACAUCUUGGAAUGCUGUGACCACUGGACGACACCCCCCACCCAGCCUGCCAAUACAGACCAGCAAUAAUGCUCUUUUGUGACAUUUACCUGCAGACUCUAUAAAAUGAUUUUCUCACGGAUAUACACUCUGAUCCUGUCUUUUCGUGACUUGUUGACUUCUCGAUGUUAGUCAUUAAUUUACCUCCUGCUGCUCAGUUUCAUUGAUAGCCGAGCCACAGCAUGAAGUAGACUGUUGGACAGCAGCAGGUUUUUGCAUACAGAUGUGUGUGUACACCACCACACCUGAAGUCCUAUGGUUAAUGGGCCCUUUUGUAUGUUUGCCAGAUCAUGGAAAAAAUGACUCCAUAAAUGAUGUCAAUGAGUUCCUCUAAAUAGAAUCAGAAAGCACCUGUACAGGUGUUUGGGAACAGAAGCGCCUUUUACUCCAGAGUCUCUAUUUCUGAAAGGUUUCCUCCUCGUGUGGGUUAUCAAGAGCAUUUGAAUUUCCACGCAUUCUUUUUUUAACCUUUAAAUGGAGCUCUGAUGCACUCAUGUAUGAUAGUUUGGGAACUAUUAUUAAACCUAAACAGUCUAGGGUGAAUUUUUUCUGAGACAGCUUUUUUCCCCCCUUAGUCAAGAAAGUGGAGAGCCAUGUAACCAAACCAUGUGAAUCAGGAAGCCAAAUUAAAAAGUGGUUUUAAUGUAUAUAGAGAGCUCUCAUUAUACUGCAAAUAUACUACACCUUAUUAUACUGGUUAAAGUUUAAUUAAGGGUUUAUGAAGGUUUCAGUUAAGGACCGAUCAGAACAUAAAAGAACAAAUGACUUGUUAAAUGAGCUCACUGGUGUCCAUGUAAAGGAGUCACUGAGAGGAAAUCUGAGGGCUUAUUGUGCGUUUUCUGGGGUUUUUUUCUCUCCCCUGAAAAAAGAAAAAACCCACCGGCCUGAUGACUCUGAUGAAUAAAGCAGGGAUGCAGAGUCAUCGCUUUAGCAUGAUGCAGUGGUGUUUUCCUGGUUGCAAAAUGCCACUAAAAUGUGACCUGAUGAGCCUAAAAUAAGGUUUGAAUGUUUCCUUUUAUUACAGUUUUACACAUUCCCAGCUGUUUUGUUAAUAAAUCUGCUCAGUGAAGUAAAACAUGCAUUUUGACAGAUAGCUCUAGUUAUCUUUAUACUGGAAACUUGUUUAGGGGGUUUAUUUUUAUUUUUUCAAUUUCUAGGCUGAUUAAUUAUUUUAUGUUUUAAGUCUAUCUACAAAAUGAAUUCUUUUGAUAUCACUUUACAGAUUUUUCUAUCAACACUACGAAUGUAUUUCUUCUUUUUUCUUUUCUUUCUUUUUUUUUUUUGAAAUGCCAAAACAAGCUCCUCAAGGUUGUACCACAUUGGAUAGAGAUUAUACACUACACUGUGCAGUAUUUUAGACAGUGUGUAUUUAAUGAUUAAUGGUACUGGAAUCUAUAAUUAAAUCAAUCCUGAUCAAAUUUGUAAGCUU